GUUGCCCGGCAACGGUUUUACAUUACAUUGAACGCGGAUCGCCGCAAGUGUCAUACAUACACGUGUGUCGAUAACUAGGCAGGAUUCAGAAGGAAAAGGGCAGCAAUUAUCGCGAUGACAGACGAGGUGCGACCCGAGGUGAUAAAGAAAACGCAGGAUUUACUCGGGAAAUAUUUCAAGAAGCCGCCACUAACCGAGAAACUGCUACGCAAGCCGCCGUUUCGCUUCCUCCACGAUAUUAUAACGGCUAUCGUUAGAGAGACUGGUUUCUUAGAAGGAUUAUUCAGCGAGGAAGAGCUGAAUUCUGAUAAUAUAAAGGACAAGGAAGCAAAGCUCGCCUUCUUGACGAAACUUAUUGAUGUCGUCAAAUUAAUCUCGGGUGCUAAUUUAACGGUCAGAGCAAGCAAGAUCGUCUCUGGUCAGGAGCCGACGAAGACAAAUGAACUGCUGCAGGCAAUUGGGAAAGCCCUUGAUAAGAAAGUCAGCAGCAGGGAGGCAAUCGAGCACUACAAAAAGAGUUUAGAGAAGAAAACGAAGGCCGGAUCAAAGUCGAGAUCCACGACUAAAGAGGAAACUUCGAAAAAUGCCGCGUCGAGGCAGACUUCGCAAACGAGGAAAUCGUCGGAGAAAGACAAGAUCUCGGCGGAGCGAAAGAAAAGGUCAUCUAGCACGGGGAAAGUAGCGGGCGAGGCAAAGCGCGACAAGGAUGACAGAACCGAAGAGAGCAAAGCAAGAAAAGGGAACGACAGGAAGGAGAACUCGAAGAAUAUUGAAGUCAUAGAUAUCCCGCCGGCUGAGCCAGUUCAGAAUAAAGUUCCUACUUCGGCGCAAAGAAGGAGACCUUCUUCGUCCGCCAAAGUGAAGGAGGAUGCCACGAUUUUACCAGACACUAACGAUCUGUCGAAGGAAGAGAAGGUGCAACACAGAAGUGCCACCAGUAAAGGAAGACGCUCGGCACAGGUGAAUGGGUCACAGGAGAAAACAGAAAGUAUGCCUUUACAGACUAAUAACGAAGAGCAGAAGAGACCAGGAACGAGCAGUUACGUCAAAGAGACUAAGGAAAAUGGUGUGGAAGACAACGCGCGGCAACAAAGCGUCGAGAGAAGUGAUCAACCAAUGUCAGAGCCUGGAGGAUCUCAAGCAGAAACUGCUGAAAUGACCGGUUUGGAACAAUCGAACGCGAGGCCUAAAACAUCCCUAAGGCCACCCAGUGCCAGACCGAUCAGUGCCAGGCCGGCUGCUCCCAGAAUGAGAGCAAAGGCCGAGAUAAUAGUCAACGAGGAGAUACAAACACCAUUGGGAAAUAUCAGCGUCAUCGUGGAGAACUCCGGCUUGAAGGACGACGACGACGACGACGACGCGGAAGACAUGGUGGUGAUGGAGGCGAAGGGAAGUGGCGGCGAUCUCUUGGAGAACGGAGAUAUCAAGAUAGACAAUCAGCUAAUGCAGGAACAUGGGCAUCUCGUGGCGCAAAUCUUAGAGACUCAGAGGGAGCUGGUCAACACAGACAAUGUCGAUGUAUUGCCGAAGAAAGUUGACAUCGCGUGGGAAUCAGGCUCGAAACGCGACCGGGAAACAGUGGCUAAGGAAAUCGAUAAGUUACGCGGAACUAUACAGACAUUAACGCGCACGACAAAUCCUCUCGGAAAAUUGUUGGAUUACGUACAGGAAGACGUAGAAAUGAUGCAAAAAGAGCUAUUGGAUUGGCGAAAACAGUAUCGCCAAUUAAACGAACAGCUGGAAGCAGAACAAAAAGAAACGCAAGAAAUGAUAGAACCUAUGAAGGAAACAUUGAAAGAGAUUGAUAGCAACAUGAAGGUUGAGUUAGAUAAGAUAUGUCAGGUAAAAGCGCAAAUUAUGAAAAAUGAUCAAAAAAUACGACGAUUACUUAAUGGUAAUUUAUAACGUGUUUAUAUCGCUAUGUAUUGUAAUGUAAAUAUUUUUAUAAGUUAUUGAAAUAUAUAUAAUUAUUAAUUCACUAUUAAUUAUGUAGCU